CCCGGCCCGCGCCCCCGGCCCGCGCGCGCCAUGGAGCCCGGCCGCGGCGGCACCGAGAUCGUGGGCAAGUUCGAGUUCUCGCGCAAGGACCUGAUCGGGCACGGCGCCUUCGCCGUGGUCUUCAAGGGCCGCCACCGCGAGAAGCACGAUCUGGAGGUCGCUGUCAAGUGCAUUAAUAAGAAGAACCUCGCCAAGUCCCAGACGCUGCUGGGGAAGGAGAUCAAGAUCCUAAAGGAACUGAAACAUGAAAACAUCGUGGCGUUGUAUGACUUCCAGGAAAUGGCCAAUUCCGUGUACCUGGUCAUGGAGUACUGUAACGGCGGGGACCUGGCCGACUACCUGCACACCAUGCGCACGCUGAGCGAGGACACCAUCAGGCUCUUCCUGCAGCAGAUCGCGGGCGCCAUGCGGCUGCUGCACAGCAAGGGCAUCAUCCACCGCGACCUGAAGCCCCAGAACAUCCUGCUGUCCAACCCCGGCGGGCGCCGGGCCAACCCCAAUAACAUCCGCGUCAAGAUCGCCGACUUCGGGUUCGCGCGGUACCUGCAGAGCAACAUGAUGGCGGCCACGCUGUGCGGCUCCCCGAUGUACAUGGCUCCUGAGGUCAUCAUGUCCCAGCACUACGACGGGAAGGCGGACCUGUGGAGCAUCGGCACCAUCGUCUACCAGUGCCUGACGGGGAAGGCGCCCUUCCAGGCCAGCAGCCCCCAGGACCUCCGCCUGUUCUACGAGAAGAACAAGACGCUGAUCCCCACCAUCCCGCGGGAGACCUCGGCCCCGCUGAGGCAGCUGCUGCUGGCCCUGCUCCAGCGCAACCACAGAGACCGCAUGGACUUCGACGAGUUUUUCCAUCACCCGUUCCUCGAGGCGAGCCCCUCGGUCAAGAAGUCCCCACCGGUGCCUGUGCCCUCCCGGCCCAGCUCGGGCUCCGGCAGCAGCUCCAGCAGCAGCUCCACGUCCCACCUGGCCUCCCCGCCGUCCCUGGGGGAGAUGCAGCAGCUGCAGAAGACCCUGACCUCCCCUGCCGAUGCCACCGGCUUCCUGCACGGCUCCCGGGACUCGGGUGGCAGCAAGGACUCCUCCUGCGACACGGAUGACUUCGUCAUGGUCCCAGCCCAGUUUCCAGGUGACCUGGUGGCCGAGGUGGCCGGUGCCAAGCCCCCGCCGGACAGCCUCAUGUGCAGCGGGAGCUCGCUGGUGGCCUCUGCCGGCCUGGAGAGCCACGGCCGGACCCCGUCUCCGUCCCCACCCUGCAGCAGCUCCCCCAGCCCCUCAGGCCGGGCCGGCCCGUUCUCCAGCAGCAGGUGCGGCGCCUCCGUGCCCAUCCCGGUGCCCACUCAGGUGCAGAACUACCAGCGCAUCGAGCAGAACCUGCAGUCACCUGCCCAGUACCAGACACCCCGGUCCUCUGCCAUCCGCAGGUCGGGCAGCACCAGCCCCCUGGGCUUCGCCCGGGCCAGCCCGUCGCCCCCAGCCCCCACGGAACACGGAGCCGUCCUGGCCAGGAAGUCGUCCUUGGGCGGGGGCCGGCCGUACACGCCGUCUCCGCAAGUCGGGACCAUCCCCGAGCGGCCGGGCUGGAGCGGGGCACCCUCCCCGCAAGGAGCCGAGAUGCGGCCUGGCAGGUCCCCCCGUGCGGGCUCCUCUGCACCCGAGCACUCUCCCCGCUCCUCCGGCCUGGGCUGCCGCCUGCACAGCGCCCCCAACCUGUCCGACCUGCACGUCGUCCGCCCCAAGCUGCCCAAGCCCCCCACGGACCCGCUGGGCGCCGUGCUCGGCCCCCCGCAGGCCAGCCCUCCGCCGCCGCCCCACGGGCUGCAGUCCUGCCGGCCCCUGCGCGGCUCGCCCAAGCUGCCCGACUUCCUGCAGCGGAACCCCCUGCCUCCCAUCCUGGGCUCCCCGACCAAGGCUGUGCCCGUGGUCGACUUCCCCAAGACCCCCAGCUCCCAGAGUCUGCUGACCCUCCUGGCCCGGCAGGGCGUGGCGGUGACGCCGACCCGGAACCGGACGCUGCCCGACCUCUCGGACGUGCGGCCUCUCCAGGGGCAGCAGCUGGGCCCCGGCGGGCGGCCCGGUGAGGACACCAAGGGCCCCUUUGGCCGGUCCUUCAGCACCAGCCGCCUGACAGACAUGCUGCUGAAGGCGGCGUUUGGGACGCAGGCCCCGGACUCGGGCAGCACCGACAGCCUGCAGGAGCGGCCCAUGGAGAUCGCACCCUCUGCCGGCUUCGGAGGGAGCCUGCACCCGGGAGCCCGCGCCGGGGGCGCCAGCAGCCCCUCCCCGGUGGUCUUCACCGUGGGCUCUCCCCCCAGCGGGACCACUCCGCCCCAGGGCCCCCGCGCCAGGAUGUUCUCAGUGGGUUCCUCGGGCUCCUCUUCCGCCCGCCACCUGGUGCCCGGCGCCUGCGGCGAGGCUGUCCCCGAGCUCCCCGGCCACUGCUGCACCUUUGCCGACCCUAUCGCCGCCAGCCUGGAGGGGGCCGUGACCUUCGAGGCCCCUGACCUCCCCGAGGAGACCCUCAUGGAGCAAGAGCACACGGAGACCCUGCGCAGCCUGCGUGGCACGCUGCUGUUCGCGCAGCACGUCCUGGAGAUCGCAGCCCUGAAGGGCAGUGCCGGCGAGGCGGCGGGCGGCCCCGAGUACCAGCUUCAGGAGAGCGUGGUGGCCGACCAGAUCAGCCUGCUGAGCCGCGAGUGGGGCUGCGCAGAGCAACUGGUGCUGUACCUGAAGGUGGCCGAGCUGCUGUCCUCGGGCCUGCAGACGGCCAUCGACCAGAUCCGGGCCGGCAAGCUCUGCCCGUCGUCCACCGUGAAGCAGGUGGUGCGCAGGCUGAACGAGCUGUACAAGGCCAGCGUGGUGUCCUGCCAGGGCCUGAGCCUGCGGCUGCAGCGCUUCUUCCUGGACAAGCAGCGGCUCCUGGACCGCGUCCACAGCAUCACCGCCGAGAAGCUCAUCUUCAGCCACGCCGUGCAGAUGGUGCAGGCGGCCGCCCUGGACGAGAUGUUCCAGCAUCGGGAGGGCUGUGUGCCGCGCUACCACAAGGCCCUGCUGCUCCUGGAGGGGCUGCAGCACAUGCUCUCGGACCAGGCGGACAUCGAGAACGUCGCCAAGUGCAAACUGUGCAUCGAGCGCAGACUCUCCGCCCUGCUGAGCGGCAUCUGCGCCUGACCUCGGCCCGGCCGCUGCGCCCCAGGGGCGGACGUGCUCUGCCCAGCGCGCGGCUGAUGGCCAGUGCCGAGCCGGCCUGCGGGGC